AUGCGUGUAUCAUUCAUUUUAGCAACCUUCACAGCAUUAAUGAACAGCGUCAAAAGCAGUGUCUCGGACAAUGGUAUUCUCGGCGAUCCAUAUGUUUACUGUGGCGACAAUUAUAUCGAAGUGCAUUUUGAAACACGGAGUACUUUCAAAGGGCUGAUAUUUGUGGAAAACCAAUUAGCAGAUCCGUCAUGUCGGUCGACUGCUGCUGAAAAUGUUGACGAUAGGGGACGAAAUGCAUCGAUUAGACUCGGAUUCAAAAGUUGUGAUGUUGAGAGAAGGCGAUCGAGUAACCCACGUGGUAUGUAUAUAACAACAUCACUUUUUCUGUCAUUUCAACCCGAUUUUCUCAGCAAAAUUGACCGUGUUUAUGUGGUACAGUGUUUAUACAUGGAAAUAGAAAAAAUUUUCGAGAAACAAAUACAAGUAAAGAUGAAUCCUCCUCCGCUUCAAACCGAACAAGUACCGAUGCCAGUAUGUAAAUACGAGAUUCUUGAUGGAUCACCUGCUGGACCACCAGUAUUUUACGCUGUCAUCGGACAAAUGGUUUAUCACAAAUGGACAUGUGAGACGGAUACCGAGAAUCAGUUCUGUAUGAUAGUGCACAGUUGUUUUGUGGACGACGGUAACGGUGAUCGGGUUCAACUGAUUGAUGAACAAGGAUGUGCGAAGGACAAAUAUUUACUGCAAAAUCUGGAAUAUGUGUCAGAUUUAAUGGCGGGUAAAGAAGCACAUGUUUAUAAGUAUGCUGAUCGACAAAGUUUAUUCUUCGAUUGCCAAAUAUCAGUAACAGUAAAAGAACCGAAUCAAGAAUACUGCUCCGUACUAAUUCCAACUUGUCCAGAGACACCAAGAAGAAGGCGUCAGACUUCGCUGCAGCCAGAAUCAAAAAUGCAAGAAAGUCAGUCAUUUGCAAAUACUUCUCAAACAAAGGAGCAGGUGUCAACGAAGAGUAAUGGAAUGAUACUUAAUAAAAGAGAAUUUGAAUUGGAAGUGAAGUUUAACCUUCGACAUAACCAAAUUGAAGAAGUUGGCUGGUUUGAUGACAAUUUCAGUGUUUAUCAGGAUGUUUUCUGUAUGUCAUCACUUGGCCUCGGUACAAUUGCAGCAAUGAAUUUAAUUAUGGUCUCAACGUCGGCUCUAUUUUUCUAUGGCAGUUGCAAGCAUUCGUUAUGUAGAACAAUGGAUUAG